CUUUCAGCAACUCUGAGGAACUGAGUUUUAAUCUGGAUCAGAAACUUCAGGCCAUUUUUAUAGGCCUUCUAUUCCGGAUAUAUUACGGUCAAAUCCAUAAUGGGUAUCAUUAAAACUACUCUUUUAAAGCCGUUACAACAAAAGAAGUAACUGACCAUUGAAAUUUAGUGAAGUAUAAGCUUACUCAAAUUACAAAUUUUAUUUAUUAAUAUUGUAUUAGACGCUAUUUUCUUUUCAGUUGUGAAAAUUAUGGUAUGAUGAAAUAAACAUAAUGAUAAUUGGAUAAUUUUCAGACAGAACAUCAUGAAUUACAUAAUUCUGAUCCUAUUAGUCACAUCCUUAUGCCAAAUUUUACCUGCAAAUACAUACGAUGCCAGUAAGGUCAAUUCAUCUUCAUGGCAUCCGAUUUCAAAAAGAGAUAGCCCGAUCGAAUGGAAAAGUUGCAACGAUGAUGGACCAGUAAGAAUGACUAGUCUUGUUUUAUUUCCGAAUCCAAUACCAUUAAGAGGAACCAUCUCUCUAGGUGGUCAUAUCAUUGUAGACAGACCUAUAGGUUCACCUAUAAAGGUAACUGUUAAAGUAUACAAAAAUAUGCUUGCUUGGGUUUAUGUAAAGGAAAUUAAUGUAGGUAACAUAUGUGACCUGUUUCCGCCAUAUUGCCCAGACACACUAAUGGUACAUGAUUUGCCAUGCAGAUGUCCAAUUAAAGCGUUGUGA